AUGGCAGCAACUGACCCUCGGCGGUCUUCGAGGGCGCGCACAACUCAAUCGCAGUCGCAAAUAUCUUCUACUGCCUCGAGCAUCUCGGGGCGCCCUGAGCGCAGUUCCAGGUACUUCAACAAGGCCAGUUCGCCGCAAAAGUCCGCUUCAACUGGGUCGUUGUCGUCUGAACCGCCAGAGGACACAAUUACGGCCGAGGACCCAUUCGGGUCCCGACGUCGCACACGAGGACAAGUCGAGGAGAGAGAGAGAGCAGGAGUCAAGGCUGAGACUGUCGACAUGGCUAACGGCGACGGAAAUCUCCAGGAAGAGGAUGAGGCCGUGCGCUGCGUCUGCGGGAACGAGGAAUACCAAGGCCCGCCGCCGCUGGACGAAGACUCAAAGCACGGCUUCAAACAUGGCUUCGGCCUUGAGUCAUUCUUCUCAGCUGAAGUUACAGACGACACCGCCGGGUUUUUUGUGCAGUGCGAUGUCUGCAAAGUUUGGCAACACGGCGGCUGUGUCGGGAUCAUGACAGAGGAAGCGAGUCCCGACGAAUAUUUCUGCGAAAAGUGCCGCGAUGAUUUACACAAACUUUGGACGGCGAGCAAUGGGAAAUCGGAGAACACAAAACGGCAAAAGACGAGCUCCCGAUCUGCGUCACCGUUAUCCGACAACGCCGAAGACUCGGACGAGCCCGGAGUCGCCGGCCGGAAUGGUGUAUCGAAAUCGAAGGCGCGGGGUGCGGCAGCCGCGCGGAAUCUGCGCGCUGAGAAGGUAUCCGAAAAAGAGGAAAAGGAGCGGCAACGUACUGAAACUGCGAACAAGCGGAAGGGCAGAGUCGACCGUCGACGAGCUGAUGACUCGGAUCCUUCGGAAGAAUUGCCUCUGGCAACUCGGGCGGCGACGCAGAAAGCGACACAGGCCUCAGGCGGUUCGAAUAUGGCCAAUCCCUCUGCAUUAGAGGUCGCGCGACCACCCAUGGCGGUGGAACCACCCCUGGCUUCAAAUCCGGCGCCAGAUACGCCGCCCACGAUCACGGUCCACGCCAAGGCCGACAAGAAGAGGUCACACAAGAAGAAGGGCCGCAACCAGUACACGCGCGACCGCGAUGCUCACGAUGACGAGUCACCCGCACGGUCGCAGUCGCGCGACAUCCAAAAGGACGACCACGGGGCGCCCGGCGUCGGAAAAGCAGGCGGAGAGGGCAGUGGCAAGGCAACCAUCAAGUCCAAGGGCGGGAUGAGCAGCAAGAUAACCAUGAACGACAUGAAGAAGAGAGCAACUGCGCUGCUGGAAUACAUCUCACGGACCCAAGUAGAGUUGGCGGGCGAGUCACUCGUGGAAACACCGCCCUCGACUGAAAGUCUUACCAAUGGUAGUAGCUUAUCAGCUGCUCCGGAGAAAGCCGAGAACGGAACCAACCAGACCCCGAUGUUGGUACUCGGGGAAACCGGGAACGCUGGCCCAGGGAAGGAGUUUAGGGAGCUCGGUUGCGUGGAGAUGAUGGACACCUUGACCCGGCGGCUUGUCAAGUGGCAACAACAGUACGCUGUGUAA